CAUUCGACCUUCCCUUCGGAGCAUUCACACAUCCGGCCUCACCCCAAAGACCGCAUAACCUCCCGCAGCCGGCCGUAAAGCCCCCAGCACAAAAGGAACCACAGAAGAAAGCCGCAGGAAAACAGAAAACAGAAAAAGAAAUGUGGGCGAAGCCAGCAUCGCCAAGCACCUCGGAGACGAGGGGCGGCUCCCCGCCGCAGAGCCCGGCGGCGCAACACGCGCGCCGGGACUCGGCGGCCGUGCGGAACCCCGGGAGGCGGUUCGCGCAGAUUGUCAGGCUCAAGCCGCAGCACAUUGACGAGUACGAGAAGGCGCACGCCGCGGUGUGGCCCGAGGUGCUGCAGCAGAUCAAGGCCUGCAACAUCCAGGACUACAGCAUCUCUCACGACAAAGACUCGGGCAUCUUGUUUGCGAGCUUCAAGUACGUCGGCUACGACUUUGUGGGGGACAUGGAGAAGAUGCGCGAGAACCCCAAGGUGCGCGAGUGGUGGCAGAUGACGGACGGAUGGCAGGAGAGUCUUGUGCCCGGUGCCAAGAGCAGCGAGUCUGGAAGUCCGCCAUGGUGGAAGGAGAUCAAGGAAGUGUUUUACAUGCCUUGACCAGCGGCGGAGUUAUUUCUGUGCUUGGUCGGAUGCUGGGCACGGAAGGGCUCCGAUCAGAAGAAC